AUGACAGAGCAGACACAUCGGCAGGGCACUACGAGGAGCAGAUCCCUGUGUACGCCAGCUGUCUGCCUGCUGCAGAGAUGGUGCAAGUGACUCCCUUCCUCCUGGUGCUCAGCCUGGCCCUGGUGGCUCCCGGUUUCUCUGAGAGAAAGUGCGUGCUGAAAGGCUACUGGACCAACAACGAGAAACACACCCUGGUCAUCGGGCCUGUGGACCAACAAGGCAGAUUUAACGGGAAGUACAUCAUCGAUAAGCCAUAUCCGCUGAGGGGGUUCCAGCAUGGCACAAACCAGAAUAGCCAGAUAUUGGAACUGGAAUUCACCGUCUACUGGUCAUCAGGCUCCAAGACUAUUUUCAAAGGACAGUGUUUUGUGAAUAACUGCGGGAAUGAGGUUCUGAAGACUACUUGGGUCCUGAUGUCAUACGUGAACAAUGAAUGGAUACCAAUCAGGAGAGGCACCUAUGUCUUCACCCGCCUGGUCUCACAGAGGAAGGAUGACAUCGUGGCGGAUUUCAAUGUUGACGAAAACAACUGGGAUGCAGACGCACUCUCCUGCACCAAAAUGGGCCAGCACUCACAAGAGAAGUUUGGCAGUGCAGGGGAUUUUGAGACUGAUGGAAUUGCCUGGGAUGCAGACCCCAUCUCAGGCUCCACCAUCUCAGGCUCCACCACCUGCUUCUAAUAUACAAAUGCCAUCUGCUGUCCCACCACCUGCUUCUAAUAUGCUCACCCCAUGUCCUGCCCCACUACCCGCUUCCGAUAAUAAAGCUUUGCUGCAAACACCCA